GCGAAAUUGCAGUUUUUCCAAUUGGGCUGCAACGUGUAAUCUCUGAUUCUUUUAGUUAUAUUAUAAUAUAGUCCAUGUUCGGGUAGAAUUUCUUCAAAAAUAUGCGCAACCACUUAAUUUGCCUGGCCCUGGUGCUAUGCACGCUACACAGCGCCUGCGGUUUAUACUUUCACAUAUUGGAAACGGAGCGCAAAUGCUUCAUUGAAGAGGUGCCCGAUGAGACCACUGUGAUUGUCAAUUACAAGGUUGAGCUGUAUGAUCCGCGUUCAAAUGGCUUUAUGCCAUCCUCGCCUGGUAUUGGAAUGCAUGUGGAGGUGCGGGACAGCGAUGAUAAGGUGAUUCUGUCGCGCGUUUACAGCUCGCAGGGCCGCAUGUCGUUUACGUCGCACACACCCGGCGAGCAUGUCAUUUGCAUGUAUUCCAACAGCACCGCCUGGUUCAAUGGCGCCCAGCUUCGCGUGCAUCUUGAUAUUCAGGUGGGUGAGCGUGCCAUCGACUAUGCUAAUGUGGCGCAAAAAGAGGAGCUAACCAAUAUGGAGUUGCGCAUACGCCAGCUGCUCGGCCAGGUUGAACAGAUAACAAAGGAGCAGAACUAUGAUCGAUAUCGGGAGGAGCGUUUUACUCACAUUUGCCAGAACACGAAUUCGCUCAUGUGUUGGUGGUCGCUGGGACAGUCUCUGCUCCUGGCCUUCCUUGUCUGUAAUGGUAUGCGCGCGACCCGGCACUGGAAAUUGGAGAAGCAACAGUUUGUGGGCACGCUUACCAUCACUGACUUUUUCAAGAUCUUGCAAAUGUAUUAUAAGUCACUCAAUUCGGCCAUGGAUGAGCUGGAGGAUCAAAAACUGGACCCAAAGUGCAGAGAGCUACACAACCAGGUAAUGCCCAUGGUCAGCAUCGGACCAGACACUUCCCUUUUUGACGCUAUCAAACUUCUCAGGGACAGCAGCAUUCAUCGACUGCCUGUGAUCAAUCCAGAGAAUGGCAAUGUUUUGUACAUUUUGACAGAAAAAAGCAUACUGAGGCUCAUGCUAUUGUAUAUUAACGCGAUAUCACAGCCCGCAUAUAUGAAGAAUAGUUUGCGCGAUCUGAAGAUCGGAACAUCCGACAACAAUGAGAUACCCGAUGAGAAAACAUGUAUCAAGAUCGAAUCCUUUGGGCUACUCGACAUUUUUGCUAAGUUUGAUGUAAUUAGUCCCGCUACUGCGAAGAUCUGUGACGAUCUCGAUGUUUCGCUGCGCAAGGCGAACGAGCAUUGCAACGAGUGGUUCGAUGGCGACCAAAAGUGCAAUCUGGACGAGUCGCUGUACACGAUCAUGGAGCGUAUUGUGUGCGCCGAGGUGCAUCGCCUGGUGGUUGUCGAUGAUCAGUGCAAGGUGAUUGGCGUCAUUUCGAUCUCAGACAUAUUGCUCUAUCUGGUACUGCGGCCGAGCGGUGAGGGUUUUGGUGGCUUGGAGAAUUCGCUGCGUGUCUCUGAUCCGAUGAUGUUGCGAAAUAGAGCCAAGGUGGUGUCGGCGAAGACGACACCGCUGCGCAGUCCAUCGGCUGUCAACUCCGGCAAUCAAUGCAUGAUUGAGGACAUAUCCGAGGAGGAGGCAGCGGGUGCGCUUGCACUGGCUGUUGAUAAUAAUAAAUCCGCCAGUGAAGUCCAGCCCAAUCAGAUCCUGGCCCACAGUGCACAAAAUGGCGCUGGUUACUGAAUUAACAGUUACCAAAAAAACCAACUAAACAAAAAAGAAAGAAUCUGUUAACACAUAAUUGCGGAGAUAAACAAGAACCAGUGCUGUAGCUGGGAAUGACCUACUUCAACCAAAACCAAAAAGAGCACGCGCUUGCUCAAGGCUUAGCCAAGCUAAAGCCAAAAAUACACUUUUUACUAUUUAGCGGGUAAAGAUAUCAAGUAUUAUUUUUAAUUUAACGGACACACAGCACAGCAUACCAUUUAAUCUAUAUGGAAUUGUAAUCUAUAUAAAAGUGUUUAUGCAAACGUACAUAUACAGGAAUUCAUACGCUAUCAAUUUCCGUUUUCAAUGUAAUUUUUAUUCAUUUGAUUUUGUGGAAUCAAAUUAAAUCUCUAUAUAUAAAA